AUGCACUUUGCUACAUUCCUGCUCGUCACUCUACUGUCGAUCUUGGACAUAACCUUUGCGGCUCCUGCCUAUCACACCAUGAACCCUGCCCUGACCUGGUAUGUCUCAAAUUUUGACACCGGCUGCUCUCCUGGGGGCUGUGUCUAUCAAUUCGAUAUUCUCGGUAUCGCCACCCCAAACACCCCCGGGUUCAACACUACGUGCAACGGCACCGACGUGGAGACGGACUACACCUUUUGCAGAGACAAACACAUCAAAGCUAAAGUGACAGCCUUGACGUAUCCCGCAUGGAAGGUGGAGGUCAUGCACGCUUGGUUCAAACCUGGAGCCGAGUUCUACGCCGAGGGUUCGGUCAAUGUCACAUCUUCCAUGAGGAACUUUACAAUUCCUGUGACAGAUACAUAUGGUGCUGCUUGA